AUGGGGAAGAAGCUGAAAGCCAAAAUCCACGUCAGGGACAACAUUGUGGACUUCCUGAAACGUACUGCGAAGUUCUUGGCCAGCAGUCAGGCAGCGGACGAGAAUCAAAUACGGUUUCGUUUGGAGAAAUUGGAGGCCAAAUGGGACGAGUUCGAGGAAGCACAAGCAGACAUCGAGGAAACGGACGACCACGAGGAAAACAUGGAGGCACAUCGAGAGGUCAGGGAAAAUUUCGAGGAAAUGUAUUUCGAGGUAAGGGCAGGGUUAGUUGGCAAAUUACCACAGAAUACGCAAACGCAUUCGAUACAAGGGCCUUCUCUAUCAGUAUCCCAGUCGGAGUCGACAAAUGUUCAUGCCUAUGUACGACUUCCUCAAAUCAAUCUUCCCGAGUUUGAUGGAAGUUUUGAUAAAUGGUUACCCUUUCACGAUACAUUCAAGGCCCUGAUCGAUUCUUCCCCUGAUCUAAGUAGUAUCCAAAAAUUUCACUAUUUGAGAGCGUCUCUAAGAGGUGAUGCGUUGAAACUGGUAGAUUCUUAUCCCAUGAGCGAGGCUAAUUACGAUGUUGCUUGGAAUGGUUUGGUCGCUCGGUUCUCCAACGGGUAUCUUCUGAAGAAACGCCAUCUGAACGCCAUGUUCGAGUUCCCGAAAAUUAGGAAGGAGUCAGCUAUAGGUAUCCAUGACGUCAUCGACUGUUUCGAGCGCAACACCAAAAUUCUGGACCAGUUAGGAGAGCGUACCAGCAGCUGGGGCGCAAUGCUGACUCAUCUGAUGGUGUCCAAGCUGGAUGACGUCACACAAAAACGCUGGGAGGAGCAUGCAUCUGAUGAAGCUGAGCCAUCUUUCGCCGUCCUAUUGGAGUUCCUGAAAAAACAGACAAGGGUACUUGAUGCAGUCUUGGUGGAUCAAAAGGUUUCUACUGCACAAGGUCAACCUACGUUGGGCGGAAUCAAGUCUCGUCCUCCCAAAAUCUCGGUCAACUCGGCGACUGAGCGGAAGGUCCAAAAUUGCGUCUCUUGCGGUGAGCAACAUUCGAUCGUACAAUGUCCGUCUUUCAAUCAACUUCCGGUCGAUAAGCGUCUACAAUUGUCCAACUCGAAACGGCUUUGCAGCAACUGUCUAGGUCGGAAUCAUUUGGCUCGUGACUGUCCUUCCAAAUAUCGAUGCAGAACCUGUGGCAAGAAGCACCAUUCGUUGCUCCAUCCUGGAUUUCCUGGUUCCGGUUCUACGUCCACGUUUGAUUCGGAAGCUUCGACGGCACAAGGGGUGCAUAUCGCAGGAACAACGACCUCGGACGACGCUUCGGGCUCUGGUGGUACUGUUACUAGCUCGUUGGCAUCUAUCGCAACCAACAUGGCGGUUGAGCAUCCUGGAAAACACGUCUUCUUGCUCACUGUGCUACUCAAAAUCAAGGACAACUGGGGCAGGACACAUCUGGCACGAGGCCUGCUGGAUUCUGGAUCACAAGCAAAUUUGAUGUCGGAAAGGCUUUGUCAGUUGCUCAAACUUCCACGGCGAGCGAAACGGGUGGAGAUUACUGGCAUCGGUCAAACUCGGAGGAAUACAGCGCACAAAGUGUCUGCGUCCAUCUCGUCACGAAUUCUGGACUUUUCUUUGUCGAUGGAUUUUUUGGUACUGGGGGAGGUCACAGCUGAUCAACCGUCUUCUUCUCUUCCAUUGGCAAAAUGGGUACUGCCAACCGGCAUGCAACUCGCGGAUCCAGAAUUCCACGUUUCCGGACCUAUAGAUCUGGUACUUGGUUCUCAAUUUUACUACGAUUUUCAUCUGCUCGAUGGUGGCCGGGUUCAAGUUCGUAGGCUCGAUAGUACGCUUCCGAUUUUCGUCAAUACCGUUUUUGGUUGGGUAGCUGCUGGUGAAUCUGAACGAUCUAGCACAAGCACAACGGUUUCUUGUCAUCUGGCGACUGCGGAACCACUGGAUAAGGCAAUCGAGAAAUUUUGGACCAUUGAGGAGAUGAUGGACAAACCACUACGUUCCCAGGAAGAAGAAGAUUGCGAGCAACAUUUCCAAGCCACAAUUACGCGAGACUGUACUGGCCGUUACGUUGCGCGUUAUCCGAAGAAGAUUGGAUUCCACGAGAAAAUAGGCGAUUCAAUCAGCACUGCCUUGCGUCGAUUUAGUCAAUUGGAGAGGCGUUUGAAUCGAGAUGCAAAUCUACACCGACAGUACAGCGAUUUCCUACAAGAGUACCUGGAUAUGGACCACAUGCGCCUGGUUGGCACGGUGAAAGAUGUAAAGGACGAAGGACGAACAGUUUUCUACCUCCCCCACCAUCCCGUUUUCAAGGAGUCGAGUUCAACAACAAAAGUCCGGGUGGUUUUCGAUGGCUCUGCGAAGACGACAACUGGCUGCUCUCUAAACGAUGCUCUGCUCACUGGCCCGGUCAUUCAAGAUGAUUUGAUUGACCUCAUGAUUCGUUUUCGCAAGCACUCAAUAGCUCUGGUAGCGGACGUAGCCAAAAUGUAUCGGCAGGUGCGGAUUCAUCCAGACGAUACGCCUCUACAGCGCAUUCUGUGGCGGUUCAAUCAAGACGAGCCAAUUCAAAUUUUCGAGCUGCAGACUGUCACGUAUGGUUUGUCACCAUCAUCGUUUAUCGCCACACGUGCCCUCAAACAACUUGCGAAUGACGUUGGUAGCAAAUACGAGCACGCAGCCACGGCAGUAACGGAGGACUUCUACAUGGACGAUUUUCUCUCGGGAGAGGAUUCGGUGGCAACGGCGAAAAUACUGAGAGACGAAGUCCAAUCUCUUAUGGCCGAAGGAGGAUUUGAACUACGCAAGUGGAGCUCGAACUCGCCCGAGGCAUUAUGCGACCUACCCUCGGAUGCUCUUGAAGGACAACCGACGGUACACUUUGAAGGAGAGCAGAAGGUGAAGACACUUGGAGUAGCGUGGGAGACGAGGUCGGAUUGUCUGUCCAUCGACAUACCUGCAAUAAACGUGGAGCAGCAGUGGACGAAGAGAAAAAUAUUCUCAGCGAUCGCUCAACUCUACGAUCCGCUCGGCUUGGUUUCUCCUGUUGUAGCAUGGGCAAAAAUAAAAAUGCAACAACUUUGGCUGGUACCAAUCGACUGGGAUGACCUUGUCCCGGACGAGAGCGUCGAAAAAUGGUUGGAGUUUUGUAUACAGCUUCCCCUUUUACAAGACUUCAAGGUUCCUCGGUGCAUCCUAAUUCAAAGUCCCACCACUACUCAAUUCCAUACCUUCUGCGAUGCAUCGGAGGUUGGUUACGGAGCAUGCAUUUACAUGCGGUCCAUCAACGCCGAAGGUAGAAUCGAGGUUCAGCUUGUUGCAGCAAAAUCUCGGGUUGCUCCAAUCAAGCGACUUAGUCUGCCACGUCUCGAGCUGUGUGCGGCAUUGUUGGAAGCAAAACUCUACGUGAAGGUCUCUACAGCGCUGAAGAUGGAAGGCACACCCUGCUGGUUCUGGUCGGAUUCUAUGGUCCCGUUGCAUUGGAUACAAGCACCCCCAAAUACAUGGCAAACCUUCGUGGGCAACCGUACGUCUGAAAUCCAACUGUUAACACAUGGACAUAAGUGGGCUCACGUGAAAGGAACUGACAACCCGGCUGAUCACGUGUCCCGUGGCAUGCUACCAGGUGAUUUCGUCAACAACUCACUCUGGGUGCAAGGGCCCCCUUGGUUGGAAGGAGCCGAAACAUACUGGCCAAAACAAUCGAACCUACUUCCCCUGGCCGAAGAUGUUCUCGAACGAAGAAAAACAGUCUUGCUAGUUCAGUCAACACUGGAACAAAACCCACUUUUUGAACGCUAUUCCUCCUAUUGGCGCUUGGUGAGAAUUACCGCCUACCUCCGCCGAUUCAUCAACCGAUGUCGUUCAAAGAAUCCCCUUCAUGAACCAUUCCUCACCACUUUGGAACUGCAAGAAGCAAAAGAAACACUGGUCAAGGUAGUUCAACAAGAGACGUUCUCCGAAGAAGUGAAGCAACUGAAGCAGAAAGGCCCGUUACCGAAGAAAUUUCCUCUAAAGAAUGGUCGUCCAAUCAUCGACGAGAAAGGUAUUCUGCGCCUCGGUGGCCGGCUCAACUACUCCAACGAGAACUACCAAACCAAACACCCCAUAGUCCUUCCUAGCAAGCACACAUUUUCUCGCCUCAUCGCAGCUCAUUUUCACGCCCUCUGUUUACACGCUGGCCCCCGCAUGACAUUGGCAACCAUGCGUCGUGAAUUCUGGCCAAUAAGUGGUAAGAAACUUGUCAACAAUGUGUGUCGAAAAUGCGUUAAAUGUUUCCGCCAAAACCCUGUCCCUGUAAUCCAACCUCAAGGCCAACUCCCUCAAGCACGAACCGUACCUAGCCGACCCUUUUCGACCACCGGUGUAGACUUCUGCGGGCCGAUUUACUUGAAGCCUGUGCACCGCCGUGCGGCCCCGCAGAAAGUAUUCAUCUCCGUCUUCGUGUGUUUCGCCACGAAGGCAGUUCACCUUGAACUGGUUUGCGAUUUGUCGACGGAUGCCUUCAUCGCCGCCCUUCGUCGGUUCAUCGCUCGACGUGGUAUGCCAGCGGAGAUUCAGUCCGACAAUGGUACUAAUUUCCAGGGCGCGAAGAACAAGCUCACUGAAUUGCACAACAUUUUCAACUCGAAGCGAAACCAGCAGUUCAUCGUUGACGAAUGCAGCAGCAAGGGAAUCAUCUGGAGAAUCAUCCCUCCACGAGCACCAAACUUCGGCGGCCUUUGGGAGGCGGCCGUAAAAACAGCGAAAUCUUCAUUGACCAAGACGAUUGGAUGUCAACAACUCUCCUACGAAGACAUGGUCACUGUGCUGUACCAGAUCGAAGCGAACAUGAACAGCCGCCCUUUGACACCCCUCUCCGACGACCCUGCAGAACUAGAUGUCCUUACUCCUGGCCAUUUCAUCACCGGCGGACCUCUGCUGAGUCUACCAGAUCCAGACUACACAAUGGUACCCACGAAUCGACUGCGCCACUAUCAACAGCUCCAACAAGUCAUCCAAAACCACUGGCAGCGAUGGAGAAAGGAGUAUCUAACCGAACUCAAUCAACAGUGGCAGAAGUCCAAACAUCCUACGGAUAUCCACGUCGGACAAAUGGUACUUCUGAAGGAGGACGGUAAACCUUCGAUCGCUUGGCCACUCGCACGGAUUGUUGCAGUCCAACCAGGUAAUGACGGUGUAGUUCGUGUGGCAACCAUUAGGACGAAAUCGGGAUCGUACAGACGCGCUGUCAACAAACUUUUUCCUCUUCCUAUCGACCAUGAACUCCAGCAGCAGUAUGACAUCCAGCAGCAGUCAACAUCGCAGUAG